CGAUGACAGACUGACGGGUGUUGUCGGGCUGUCCUCACACUUUUCUGACACGCCGUUUUGUAAACGGGCAGAAAGCGAGAGGAUAAAUGGCAGAAGACACGAGACUUUACACCAAUGAGCCGGAAACGGAAGGAAAGCAAGUUGAUGUGACUUGGAGAAUUGACGAGAAGGAUCAAGAUGAAGGAGACUUAUUUCAGCAGUCGGAAACUGACGAUCAGAGGCCUUGGUGGAAGACAAACUUCUUCGUUCGUGAGCGUGUUCUCUUCGGAACGUGGGAUGGUGUGUUUACGUCAUGUGUCAUCAAUGUGUUUGGUGUGAUCAUAUUUCUCAGAACAGGAUACAUGGUGGGUUACGCAGGCAUGGGUCUUUCGUUUCUCAUCAUAUGCCUCACUCUCGCAAUCGCCGUUGUCACAAUCUUAUCAGCCACUGGUUUGUGUGACAAGAUUCCUCUAGGACCGGGAGGAGUCUACUUCGUACUCUCAUACGUACUGGGAGGAAGACUCGGGUUUGUAGUGGGAACUUUGUACACAUUUGGACAGGCCGUUUCCAUGUCUCUCUUUGCUGCUGGUCUCGGUGAAGCCGUUGCAUCAACUUUUGGGUGGGACUCAACUUGGGCCAUUCGCGGUGUUGGCCUACUCACCGUGUUGUUGCUCUUCGUGAUUGUUCUUGCUGGAGUCAAGUUUGUCAUUCGACUGCAGCUGCUGUUGCUGCUUGUUUUGCUCAUGUCGGCUCUCGAUUUCAUCAUCGGUUCGUUUGCUCACACCGACAAAGAUGCUGAAUUUUUUGGCUAUCGUUCUGAUCUGUGGAGCCAAAAUGGGUCUCCGUCGUUUUCUAACGAGUCAUUCUUUAUCGUGUUUGGAGUCUUUCUUCCGACGGCCACUGGCAUGAUGGCUGGGAUGAAUAUGAGCGGCGACUUGCGGAGACCCAAGAUUAGUAUACCUGCGGGAACUAUGUGUGGGUUUGUUGUUAGUGGGUGUCUCUAUUUGACGUUUGCACUCAUUUUGGGUGCAACGUGUACUCGUCAUGCCUUGCAGACUGACUAUAUGAUAGCAUCUAAGGUGUCUCUGGUUGGUGCCUUCUUUAUCGCUGGUUUGUUUGUGGCGUCGUGUUCCACUAUUCUGGGUGCCAUGUUUCAAGCACCUCGUGUCUUUCAGUCAAUAGCAAGAGACAACAUGAAUUCCAGCAUUCUCAGAUGGUUUGCCAGUGGACGUGGACCGAAUAAAGAACCGGUGGCUGCUGUUGUUCUUGUAUUUACUAUUUCGGUUCUCUUUCUUUUUGUUGGCCACGUCAAUGCUCUAUCUCCAAUUGUCAUCAUGCCAUUUCUUCUCACAUACGCCGCUGUUAACUAUGCAUACUUUGCACUGGCUAUGAGUCCCGGGGAAAGUCGCAAUGGUUAUGAAAGACUGACAGAUGACAGUAAUGUCACAGUCAAUAUUGAAAGAGUGGAAGAAGAGGUAGACAAGAGGGAAGGUCAGAGUCAAGAUGGUUGGGGAGAAGAGGGAUUGACGGAAGGAGACAUUGGGCAGAGUUAUCAGUCUUGCACAGACGGACUGUCAUCUAUGACGUCUGGUGACGUCGAACAAGAUGAUACAAUGAAGCAAAUUAGGGCGGGGUCAGAUGAAGGCAUACCUGACGAGAGAGACACCCCUCAACCGGACGGUGUCAUCAGACUCUUUCCACAGUCUGGCAUUGGUGUCUACAACCGGUUCAAUUCGACUUCGUUGAGCAACCUCUUCAAGUCGUGCGACGAUUCUACGUCGACUCUUGUGGUUACCAAGUCCAAUCCAAGGAAACACAAAUCUCGUCACUGGACCCAACGACUGAAGUUCUGGUCGAAGAAAAAAGACGACGAUGAUAAUGAUGAUAUGGUUUCUGAGAUGAUAGCACGUUUGGUGUCUCGUCUGGUGAAUAAGUGGGUGUCACUGGUUGGGGCCGUGUUCGAUAUAUUGGUGAUGUUUCUUAUUCACUGGGGAUAUACGUUAGCCAUCCUGACGGCCGCCUGUCUGCUUUACAUCUACAUCAGCAAAACAAGUCAAGGACUCGCACCCGGAGUCGCAGAUUUCAGUUUCACCGAGUGGGUCAAGUCGUUGCCAUCAUGUCUCAGACCGGGGUCUAAACCAAGACAUCAACCGAUCAUUAUCCCACCUUCUUCUGUUCCCAUCGUCUACUCUGUUGAGCAAGUGACGUACGAAGGACCAGACUAUGAGGAGCGGGAGAAGAGACAUAGAUCAGUGAAAACGACAGCCAUGACGACAUAUCCAACUACAGCUAUUGUCACACCGAUAGUCACUUCAAAAUUGUUGCCCACGAACCAAUAAUGAUUGUGAAUAUUAGAAUGCUCCACAUGGGUUCUGUAAACUACUGUACAUUGUGUUGCUGCGAGUUUUUUUAUUUAAGUGAGAAAAGUUGUA